UCAGUUUGGUUCAUAUUAUGUAAACUAUACGGGGGGUUAUCAAAAAGUUCGUGGACUGAUGCGAUAAAAUUAAUACUAUGUAGAUAGCCUAGUAGGUACUCGUAGAUUCAGAAUACCAGUCACGGGUCUGAUAUAAUAGGACAAAAUGGCUGUUCGAGUGUUGGACCCAACAGAGUAUGGCAAGUUGGAGAAGGACUUGGAGACUGCCCUACCUGUUUCUUUGUUUGCUUUCACUCACUUCAAAUUACUAAAGAGAGGAAUACUGACUGACAAAACAGUCCUGGUGGACAGUUGGCCAGAGUUUUCUGCUCUUGUUAUUGUUGACAGCAAGAAAAAAGAGACUACGGCUUGGGCAAUUGGUUUCUGUAAAGAUCCAGACUUUUGCCAAUCCCUAGAAAAAUUAUUGCGCCAUGCCUCCAAAGUGCUAGCAUCACCUUUAAUCAUUGCAGGGUGUACGGAAGAUGUGAUGGAUUCCUUGGUUAACUUAUUCAAGUCUGCAGAGUCCAGUCCCAUUCGAAAAGGAGAUGAAAGUGCAUACGUCUAUACAUUUCCACCUGAUAAGAUUCUUCCUUUAAAAAUUCCUGAUGGAUUCAAGCUAUCCGAAUUACAGCAAACUCACGUAGAAAAUGUAAGAAAUGCAUGGCCUUAUAGGGACGGAUUUGAACAAUACGCAGAUCUGAGACAAUGGAUACGUUAUCACAUUGAUAAUUUUCCAACAGUCUGCAUUGAAACCGAGGACGGACGCCCUGUUGCCUGGGAGUUUCAGCAGGAAUAUGGUGCAGUCGGGAUGUUGCAUGUUGAGCCAGAGUAUAGAAGGCUCAAACUGGGAAGUGUGGUAACAAGGAUACUGGCCCAGAAAUUGGUAAAGGACGGACAAUUGGUGUUUGCUUGUGUAGAAGAGAGAAAUGAAACAUCUGUGACUUUCCAUGAAAAUAAUGGCUAUAUACGCUUGCCAUUCAAAUAUUCUUCUGCAGUUUACUAUUUGUAGUUUAAUUGUGAAAAUAUUUGAACGACAGAUUGAUUGAUAA